AUGGCUCGAGCAAAAUCGUUCGAAGUGGCCAUCGUCGGUGGUGGAAUAGCUGGUGUUACGCUAGCAAUCGCUCUUCAUUAUCGGAAAGUACCAGUCACGCUUUAUGAGCAAGCACCACAGUUCGGAGAGGUCGGAGCCGGCGUAUCGUUCAGUCCCAACGCAGUGCAAGCGAUGAAAAGUUGCCACAACGGCAUCUAUGAAGCAUUUGAAACAGUCUGCACUCGCAACGUCUGGCCCUCCAAGCAGAAAGUGUGGUUCGACUACCUUAACGGACACGACAAGAAUGCUGAUGGACAUCAAGAAGCCGCGUUCACUAUCUCCAAUAGUCUCGGCCAGAAUGGUGUGCACAGGGCCAGGUUUCUGGAUGAGAUGGUCAAGCUGAUCCCAGAUGGGAUUGCCAAGUUCGGCAAAAGACUCGAUGAUAUCACGACGAAAAGUGACGGCCGGCUUCUCUUGAAGUUCUUGGACGGGACGACGGCAGAGGCGGAUGUCGUCGUCGGUUGUGAUGGGAUCAAGUCAAGGGUUCGCCAGCUCAUCGUUGGCGUGGAUCAUCCAUCUGCCUAUCCUACUUACACUCACAAAUAUGCCUACCGAGGGCUGAUACCAAUGAACAAGGCUGUGGAAGUGGUCGGAGAAGAACGAGCCAAAAACGCCUGCAUGCAUAUGGGCCCGGAUGGUCAUAUGUUGACUUUCGCCGUCAGUCACGGUAACGUCUUGAACGUUGUGGCGUUCCGCACCCAAAGUGAGGACUGGCCUGACUAUCAGAGAUUGACACGGCGGGCUAAGCGAGAGGAUGCUCUUCGCGAUUUUGCUGGUUACGGUGCCAAUGUGAUCAAUCUUUUAAAGCUGACGGAUGAGGAUCUCGAUGUGUGGGCAAUAUUUGAUCUGGGAAAGCAUCCCGUCCCCACCUUCUGCAAAGGUCGACUAGCUAUCUCUGGGGACGCUGCACACGCAACCUCACCACACCACGGCGCUGGCGCAGGAUUCUGUAUCGAAGACAGUGCCGUGCUGGCUGAGUUAUUUGCAGAUGACAAUGUCAAAUCCCACCAAGAUCUCGAGGCCGUUUUGGCAGCCUUCGACCAGUCCAGAAGAGAGAGAGGCCAAUGGCUCGUCCAAAGCAGUAGAUUCAUCGGUGACAGCUACGAGUGGCGAGCAGACGGAGUAGGUGAUGACUUUAAGAAGAUCGAGGCAGAGAUCAAUCGGAGGAAUGGUAUCAUUGCCGACAUUGAUAUGGCGAAGUUGAUAACCGAAGCAAGGACGGAUUUGAGGCAAAGGUUGUCGGCGAGGAGUAGUUUAUGA